AUGGUGCCCAAGACUUUUGCUUCUGCGUCGACUGUAUUACUACCUGCUUUUUCUGCUUCUGUUACCAGGUCUCCAUCCUCUUCAUCUACCAUAAGAGCAUCACCACUAUUGUCCUGCAGCCCACAGUGGAUCGCACGCUGCGGAGGACCCAGGACGCUGGUCCGUCGGUACCGCACCGUCUGGCCUUCCUACGGCAUCACUACGCCGGUUCCCGAUCCUCAUCCACAGUUCCCCAUUUCUAGAUCUCCCUUCUGCUUCCAAACGGGCUAUGCUCUUUGCGCCAAACGUCCGUCGCGUCCCUUCCCCCCACCGUUUCUGUCUCCGCCGUCUUCCUCCUUUUCUGAUCCCCUAACCACCCACUACCUGAGUCAGGAUAAGAGAUUAUCCGUCCGGGGAGAACUGAUCCGGGGUCUGAACAACGGCGACGACGCCGUCCUUGUUGCGGAAAACUUCCUUGCUGUGAAUGAUGGUGUAGGGGCAUGGAGCACCAGACCGCGAGGCCAUGCUGCUCUCUGGUCCCGAUUGCUCUUACACUUUUGGGCUUUGGAAGUCGAGCACGAAGCCGAUACUUGUGCACCGCUAAAUCCCAUCGAUUAUCUGCAACGUGCCUACGAAGAAACCACCAAAGCAACGACUUCACCAAGCGAAUGGUUUGGCACGACCACGUCGGUCACAGCUCUCCUACAUUGCAAGUGCGACGACGCUGGAAACACCAAGCCGUUACUCUAUGUCACCAACGUGGGAGACUGUAAGGUCUUGGUGAUACGUCCGAGCGAGGAGAAAGUUCUAUUCCGAACCCAGGAGCAAUGGCAUUGGUUUGACUGUCCAAUGCAGCUGGGUACCAACAGCUUGGACACGCCGCAGAAAAAUGCAGUUCUGGAUCUGAUCGACCUGGAGGAGAACGAUAUCGUGUUAGCGGUCUCGGAUGGCGUCUUGGAUAACCUCUGGGAGCAUGAGGUAUUGACGAUUACACUAGAGAGUAUGAAUAAAUGGGAUCAAGGACGAUAUGAUAAUACGGAGUUAGACUGGGCUCCUCCCGCUGUUCUAGCGGAGGAGCGCAUGGUGUUUGUGGCUAGAGAGCUGCUCAAGGCUGCUCUAGCAAUUGCCCAGGACCCGUUUGCGGAGAGCCCAUAUAUGGAGAAGGCUAUCGAGGAGGGGCUGGCUAUCGAAGGGGGGAAAAUGGACGAUAUUAGCGUGGUGAUUGGGUUAUGCAAGAGGAGAGAGCAUCAAGAUGCCUGA